GCAUUCAUGAGCGUGAUAUUUUAUUUGUUACUGGCAACAAUUUUCAUUCUGACUCUGACAGACAGCCAGCCUGCUUUCCGUCAGCGUAUUUAUUGUUGCAAAUAAUCCGUGGCUCUUGAAAAUAACUUUAUAUUCCUUCAGAAUUACAUCCAAAUUAACAUUUGAUUACUAAAAUGUUAAAUAAAUUUCUUCCGUCAUAGUGGUGACUUGUGAAAGAAAUGGUCGGACUCCAUUGCUGUGCGGACAAUGUCGAUUUAUGGAUCUGUAUACAACAGGACAAAACGAAAGUGAAUAAAUAGUUUAGCGUGUGGAUUUCGGUGUUAAUUGUUCCUAGUUACCAAGGUUUUUGUAGUUAAAAUGGCACAAACUGUGCGUCGGGCGAUUGAAGGGAGGUAUCCCUCCUGCUAUAUUCCGAAAAGACUAAAAGAACGCAAAGCAAAAGCUGGAAUGCUGAGGGUAAGCCGCCCUGACAAACCAGAAGAUUUUGUGUGCUACUCGGACAGUGACAGUGAGGAAGAGACUCCGUUCCAGCAGCACCGCAUACUCACUACCUCAUACAACUUUGUGGACUAUGUCCGCUCUAGAGAAAUACAAGCCCCGGAGCCUAGAUCCGUGGAUCCCCUCUACGCCACCCGCCACAUGCUCACCCGGGAUCUAUUCCGAGAGACCCCUCUCAACCUGGGCAAUAUGAACAAGGUGUUCUGCUCACAAUGGCUCUCAGACCGACAGGUUGUCUUCGGGACCAAAUGCAAUAAGUUGAAAGUGUACGACGUUCGCACGCGGUCUUUAGACGAUAUACCCACAUUGAGACCGCGUGCACCUUGGGCCGGGGCCGAGCAUCAAACCGGCAUACACGCGCUACAGAUCAACCCGUCCAGAACACUGCUGGCGACGGGAGCGCAGAAUUCCUGUGAACUCGCCAUCUACAGCUUGCCUACCUUGGACCCUGUUUGCGUCGGAGAAGCGCAUAAAGACUGGAUCCUCGACAUGUGUUGGCUGGACGACGAGUUCCUGGUGACGGGGUCUCGUGACUCCAAGCUGGCGCUGUGGCGCGCGCCGCCCGCGCCGCCCGAGCCCGCGCCGCACCACGACUACAUCGCGCCCGUAGUCACCAGGGAGUGUCGCUCCGGCCAAAAAGUCCGCGCGCUAACAUUCAACCCCCGUUGGCGCGAGAUCGCCGCUUUAACCCUCAACGGCUACAUCCACGUGUUCAACGCAGAGACCUUCAAGCAGACCCUCUCCAGAAAGCUGCCUUCGUGCCAGGACCUCGUAUGCCUUGCCACUCAGGAAAGCGGCAUUUACGCGAUAGGUUGCAAAUCCUACACGUUACUACUGGACUGCCGCACUCUCCAGUCCGUCAGGAAGAUAACUUCGCGGUACAAUGGCUGUGGGAUCAGGUCUGCCAGCUUUAGAGGCAACAUGCUCACUAUCGGCACCGGACUAGGUUUGCUAAUGUUCUACGACAUGCGAGCGGCGAAGUAUUUAGAGAGCCACAUACACUCGUCCAAGACUGUCACGCUCAGGGCUUCCAGGGGAUACGUGUUCCCAGACGAAGAAGCCGAUGGCUUCAACCAGGUGAAGUACGUGCCGGCCAUCUACACGCACUGCUACGACUCCUCCGGGACGCGCAUCUUCACCGCCGGAGGACCGCUGCCGGCGCCGCUCAUCGGCAACUACGCAGGCAUCUGGCAGUGAUGCUGGGCUCCGAGUAUAAUGACAUCAUCAAUAUGCCCAUUGGCUUUUCUUUAGUAAAAUACUUACUGCUGUGGCGCAGCGACCCGAAGUGGAUCUUGGCCUCCGACACCGAAGACCGCCAUGCUUCUCUGUCCAGUCAAAGAGAAUUAAGACCGAGAGUGCUCACUCGAUACAACGGUUUUGUUACCAAAAAUACUAUUAUUUUCGUAGUCUACAUCUAGCGUCAAGAAGCGUAACUCUCAGUACUGCUACUCGACAAUAGUAACAUAAGUAACCGGAACUCUGUUUUCAACUCCUACGCUUACUCUGGUUAUAAUAUUAGCUUUUUUUUUUAAUUUAUCUAAAAUAGGCCCUUGGUACAAUGCCUCAAGGGCCUAUUUUAGAUAUAAGCUAGUUAUAGUAAUCAUCUGUAUAUAUCCAUUAUGUAUAUUGUUAUUGUCAAUAAAUAAAGUUUCUUCAAAAGUAAAAAAAAAAAAAAAAUUUAUAAAAGAGAAGUUACAUCGGCUAUGAUCACUUAUCUGCCAAACUGCAUAGCAGUUUGUUGGCAGAAAACUUAUUCUACCCUCCAACAUUGUUAAGUAAGUUAUUGCUUACUUGAUUUAUAGCUAUAUUUAUAGUGCGAGUGCGAUUUCUUACAAACAAUUGUAAUAGCUUUAGAUAGGCAGACUAGAUAAACAUUAAGCUAACAAUAAACAUUAGUAGCAAUAACAGACUAACUAACUAGGUUUGUUUACCUAUUUAGUCAGUCUGUUACUGCAUUGUCAUGGGAACAGUAGGUAUAGGUGCUCGAUUUCAUUUCAACCAGACACUGGGAAACAACAAACACACGGAGUGAAGCUAAACAAAGUGUGUGGGAUAAUGAAGUUAUCAGGGUGCAGCAUCCCACUGCCCCCGAGUGUAUUAAUAUUAGCUGAAAAUCGUUGAGCAUUAAACUUUUUGUUUGCCGCGACAUCUAUUGUCGAGUAGCAGUACUGAGAGUUCUGCUACUUGACGCUAGAUGUAGAUUACGAAAAUAGUAUAUAGUAUUCUUGGUAACAAAACCGUUGUAUGGAGUUAGCACUCUUUGUCUUCUUAAUUCUCUUUGGUCCAGUCGACGAGGCCGACGUCACUAAGGUCUUUUUGGACUUCGUCUCCAACGAUACCUAGGGCAUCCAAACGGUCUUCAGCCAUUUGGAACUCCAGAGCAACACUGGAGUUCUUUGGUAAAAUAGGUCUAUUAAAUUGGUAACGGGCCUCAACCAAUCACCCGGGGUUAACCGAUUAAACCUGGAUUCACCAUGUUUACCGGUACAAUUUGACACUGACUUAACGGUUUAACCGGUUAGCCCCGGAUUA